UAUUUUCGCCAAGAGGAGCGACGAGUCGAUUCCUCUCCCACUCAUGUCCAACUAGCAAAGAGCUUCCGACAAUUACACCUGCUGGGCCUGGUGGGGGGGUGAAAGGAGCGAUGCUGAUCCCCGGCGCUAGCAGGUGGUCUCCGGGAGCUUCGAAUCUCACGCGGGGCCGUAGUUUUGCAGCCUGCGGCGGCGGCAGCAGUGUGUCUGCCGGCAUCUCGCUGAUUCUCCUCUUGUCGGCAGGAUUUCCUGCUGUACACGCCGAUACCUCACUCGUUGCUCUCACGCUCCCGGAGAUCAACACCACCAGCGGGUACUUCCCGCUCUCCAAGGCACUGAGGUCGGUCAUGAGGCUCGCCGUGGAAGAUAUCAACGGUGGGGCGUUGGCCGCGACCUUGUCUGACGCCCCUGCUGCUUCGCUGGAUGGAAAUUUGACGCUGUCAGUCGUGGAAGUCGCGACAGGCAGCAGGGCGAUUGAGGGCCUGUGCGAUGCGCUCGAGUACGUCGGAGACAACGGCACUUUCGGGAUCGUCGGCCCGAUGUUGUCUUCGCAGGCGUCCUUGCUGGAGACGGUUUCGAACGACUUUUUCGGUCUGCCGAUGGUGACCCCCUCCGCCUCGGCCGCCCGGGCCAACACGUACUUUUCUUCGGGGGCGUACGGCCUGGGGGGGGAGGGGAGCUACCUCUUCGGCGUCCAGCCGGACGUUUUCUCGGAGAUGGAGGCGCUCGCGAGGCUGAUCCUGGAUUUGAAGGUGGAGAGAGACCUGGAUCGCGGCUGGUACCGAGCCACCGAGCGUGUGUCCAUGAUUUACACCGACGACACCUACGGGACGAUUGCCGCCUCCGCAUUCGUUCGCGCCGUGAGACGGACGGAGGGCAUCAACAUUGACUCCACUGCGGCGGGGCCAAUGCCGUCGUCAAUUGAGCUCGCGAAGAGCAAGCCGGUGAACCCGACCCUGGGGACAGACUACCGACCGACCUUGUCAGCCUUGGUGGAGGACCGCGCGUCCAUAGUGGUUCUCCUGUCCGAGGGCUACGACGGUACUUUCAUCAGAUCGGUGCUUGAGCAGGCACUCGAGGUAGGCCUUGCCAAUGAGGACGUGCAGUGGUACCUCAGCGGGGCUUCCGCCAUGGACGGGAUCUUCUCGCACAACGAGUCCUACCACGACUCUCAGCUCGCUUACGACUUCCGGGGCAUGCUGGGAGUCAGAGCAUGCCCUGCCAUCGAAGGGUCGGGGUCUGAAGCUCUGACAAACCUUACGUCCAGGUGGGCGGCCCUAGACAGCGACAAGUACCCGGGGGCAGGCUUCGGGACCCUGACUCCAGGGGGGAGAUUGGACCCUCUCCUCGCGUACGCGUACGACGCUGUUUUUGUCCUGGCCGCGGCAGUGGCGGCCGUGCAGUCGACGGCAGCGGAUUGGGGAGGUGCCUUGGAGGGUUUCGUGACGGGAAACUGCCCCUUCAGGUCGGCGGGGCUGUGGCAGGACGGGGCCUUCAUCAGGGAGGCCGCGCUCGGGACCGAGAUCAUCGGGGUCACCGGCCCGGUGGCCUUCCGGGAGUCGAGCUCGACCGUCACGAGCGGCGCCGGCACGGCGGGCUCCGGGUGGCGGCGGACCAACGGCACCGAGUUCUGCGCGCUGAACCUUCAGGCGCACGCCUCCCUUGGCGCGACCUUCGCGACCACCAUGCUCUGGAGGCCGGAGACCUUCGUCGACUCCAACGGGACGCUUGCCACGUUCGAGAAAAUCAGUCCGUAUCAGAAGAACCAGACUUUCCCCGCUGGAAGCGACGUAUAUCCGUUUGAUAGGCCCACCUUAAGCCGUCAGCAUUUCGAGGUCAUCACCGAAGAGGCCGCCGUUCCAUUCGCGUUCAUCACUCGGCGAGACAACCAAACGGAAGAAUACACAGGAAUUGCGCUGGAUAUGCUCGAGGUUCUCUCUGGCCGACUAGGUUUCACGUACAACGUAUCCGUGGCGAACUCUUCCGUCUCCACCGAUGACGUCAUUGGCUACGUCUCGAACGGAACUUACGACAUGGUGGCGUCGUCGGUGACCAUCAGCGAGCGCCGACUGGACACAGUGUCGUUUUCCUACCCUUUCAUGGCGACGGGGCUGUCGUUCGUCUACCGACCGGAGGUUCUUGACGAGGUAAACUGGUGGAAGAUGUUCCAACCGUUCGAGCGACCGCUCUGGAUGCUCAUCAUCGCGACGACGGUGGUGAUGUUCGCACUACUUUGGCUCUUUGAUGGCGCAAAGAACGAGAUUUUCACUAGCGGGGUGCCCACGGCGACCGGCAGCAAACGGCGGCUCACAUCGGGCAUCGCGAUGUCGUCGUACGUGACGGGGGCCCUGCUGAUGGGGCAGAUGGCCCACGAGCCCUACACCGUCGAGAGCUAUAUCCUGACAUCGGGAUGGAUGUUCGCGUGCUUUAUCCUCGGGGCGUCCUUCACCGCCGAGCUGGCGUCAUUCCUUUCUGCAGAAAAGGAGGAGGCUCUGUCUUUCGGGGUGGACGAUCUAAAGAAUGGGGCAGUGCCACAUACUCAGGUAGCGGUGCGGCAAGAGGUCACCCUGCAAGCGUUCUACGAGGAGGAGAUCAUGGGUUGCUACGGGGAAGCUGAAUGCUACGGAGGCGAAGACCAAAACUUUCCGGUCACGUGCUACACGAUCGAGGAAUGCUUUGAGUUGGUAAAAAACGAGACCGUCAAGGUAACCCUCGUGGACUCCAUCACGGCUGCGUACCGAGUGGCCGACGAAUACUGCGGCCUGGACAUCCUAUCCGACACCUUCAACAAAAGGCACUUCGGAUUGGUUCUGGAGAAGGACUCGCCCUACCUCGGCGAGUUUGAAUUGGCCUUGCUAGAGCUGGAAGAGGAUGGGACGCUGGCAGAAAUUGCCGAUCCGUACUUCGACACGUCCCGGUGCGCCUACCUGGAGGACUACGAGAACGCAAGCUCGACGUCCCAGAACCUUAAACUGGUGGACCUGGCAGGCGUUUUUCUGAUCCUCAUGAUGUUCAUGGCGGUGUCCCUGGUGGUGUGGGUGUUCCGCAAGCCGUUCCAGGCCAAGAAGAAGGAGUGGCGACAGUCGCUCAACAACGCGAAGACGUCGGGGGAAGAGGUGGGUAAUUUAGACCCCGACCAAGACCUCGACACACGGACCAACAGCUGGCCGCUGCUCUCUCCCAAGGCACCUGCUUCUUCGACCUCCUCUGCGAUGACGAUGGCGACGACGGCGCUUUCUUCCAAGCAGCAGCAGCUUCGACUACCCGAAACUACCACUGGGCACUUUGAGCGCCUGCGGCGAAGGCGGCGGGGACAAGGAGCGUCGCCUUCUGACGAGACUUCGGCGGCUUCACGGCAACUUCACCACCUGCGGCAGGCCACCAUCUCGGAGGGGUCCGAGUCGCAACUGUCAGAGGAGGAGGAAGAUGAAGAGAAGAAGGAAGACGAGGACCCUCACGUUCCUCUCAAGCCCUAAGCGCCACGGAAAUGGCGGAGGGCUUCCUCUGUUUCUUCUCCUGCCGUUGCUGACACUGCUGUUGCAACCGGUGGGGGUGGGGACGCGGGUUCUGUUAAGUUGGAUGAUUCUGCUGCUCCAACCUCUGGCGACAAGUCGCGGUCCCGCGUACGGUCCAACAUGGGAGAGGGCGCGCGUGUCUACUUGACGAACCGUUGAGAGGUCGUACCGUACAAAGCAGAUCCGCUUUUGGCAAUCCGCUCACAAGACAAUGACGAUUGACUUAAACUCUGCGCAAAACUUAACUACACUAUGUCAAUGGGAAUAUUGGGGUGAGCUAGGCACUAGCCAUUGCUCAAUCGUUCAGACAACGUGAGGGUUUUACAGGCUCUUGCUCGAAAAAUGUGCGACUUUCGAGCGGGGCCGGCCUUAUCUAUUUGUGUUUUGGGUAGGCAGCUUCAGGUGCCUCUCGAGUGCUGCAAAAUUAGUCAUCAUGCGUAUGUGUGCUGGGAUCAGGUACAAUGUCGCGGACACGGUUUCCGCUCUGAUUAUUGCUAAGCACUGGGAUGCUCAAACAGGAGUUCAAUAAGGAGUGAGCUCGCGGGGUCACGCGAGCUGAAGACAAGGGGCCCUGCAAAUGUACAGAACUCUCAACCAACCCAUGGGGACACCCAAAGGAUGCAACUCCAUGUAGCCGAUCUUUUUUACCGUAUCAAUACUGUAGCCCUGCCUUCAGAAGGACGCAUGAGGGGGCGAAAAGCGGUACAGAUUGAUUUCCCAGUCUCGGAGUGAUGUUUCGCUGUGUUGCCGGUGCCUUCCCGACGGAACUCUUCUUUGCAGGCAAAUGUGCGUAGGACAUCGCGAAUCUUCAAUUAAUUGUGUUUCCCAGAUGUUGCGGUGGGCUAUGUAAGCCGUUGAGGCGUUCGUGGUGCUCCGGGGGAAUGCAAAACGCGUGUCUUGUUUGUGUCAUUGUGUCAUUUAGCAGGGCGUGGAUAGUAUUGACGGCCUGCAGGUCUAGUCUGUACGAAAUAAUGAUGCGAAAUAGAAAGCGACAAGUCUUACGGUGGUGGUAACAAAGCAAGUCUUACGGUGGUGGUAACAAAAAGCCCAUGGGGGCUGCUCUACCUACACACACGGCGAGCGAUUCUGUGGUUGUGCUGGCGCUGUAUCUUCUGCUCGGUAACUCAUUAUACUUCUGUGGCUUUCCCCCAACACCUCUGGGGAAUAUGGAUCACCCCGAUAUUCAUGACUGCAUGUAUUUCUUGCAGGAACCUUCGAGGUGGUUGAGCGGUGCAUGCACAGCAGCACGUGGGAAUGACUUUCGUAGGAGCGUCGACGCCAAGACAUGUUCACGACUUGGUUUGGAAUGGAUGCAUCUUUUGUGGGUGCUGUAGGACC